AUGGAAGAUGAGGAGGAGGAUGUCUUGCUUUUCGAGAAUAAGAAUCUAUGGAAGCCUCCGGUUUCUUUAACGGAUUGCUCGUCGGAAUAUCUAAAAGACAACCCUGUUCCCUACAACCUCCUGAAGAAUCCCUUUAAAAAAGACAAAACUGGAAGCGUUCCAGCAGAGUACGAAAGCCGAAUCUGGAGUCGACUUGGAAUGCUCAACGCUCCUGAGAAGGGCGUCGGACCCGCUGUCGGUUUCUUAAGUGAUGCUACACCAUCCACCCUCGAUGAAGCAAAUCUCUACUAUGCGAGAUCUGUCCCACCAAUUCGUUCGAAACGAGCUAUCAAACGGGAACGCAGAGCUCAGAAGAAGUCAAAGUUGUCAAAUUGGUUCGAUUUGCCACGAGGUGACUUCUCAAAAGAGAACCAGGAGGACCUUGAAGUUAUUGCGAAACGACACAUUUUGGAUCCUGCAUUGCAUACUCGCAAAGAGGAUGGUCGAAAGUCCUACUUCCAGGUGGGUACCGUUAUGGACGACCCAGGCUCAUUUUACGAUCGCAUUCCUCGUAAACAACGUAAGAAAAAUCUGGUGGACGAGCUUUUGGCCAAUGCGGAGUACAUGAAGAAACAACGUCGUCAGUACGCUAUUUUGCAGAAAGAACGGCAAGAGAGGCGUGCUUCUGUGCUUCGCAAAAAGAGACAGCAACUAAGGAAGGCAGGCAAGAUAAAAACAGUUGAGAUUGAGGACCGGUCCCUUCGUAAAUGA